AUGAAUUUGAGAUCAAAUGUAUCUCAUUAUAAGAAAUGGAAAGGGAGCUCAACCUUAGUUAAACAACUUGAGAAUUCUGCUACCAACUUUGCUGAAUCCAUUCAUCAUGGUGGUUUACCUGGAGCAAAUGGCUCAGUUGCACCAUCAUUACUAGAGAGUGGGAAAGCACUUACUGCAAAGGGAAUACAGGUUCUUGAAUUUGUUGGCAAAGAGACUAUGGAUCUUCUGAUUGCAGAAACUGGUAUGGAAGUUGGGAAAAAUUUUAAAGCUGGAGGGAAAACAGAAGAAGAUCAGUUAUUUGAGGAAGUUACUUUUGAUCGAUGCUUCUAUAUUUAUGGAGGUCCAGAGCAAUUGGAGGAGUUGGAGGCAUUGUCCAACCAUUAUGCGCUAUUGUUUAAUCGAAGAAAAGCUAAGCUGUCAUCUGAACAGAAGUCUGUUUAUGAUGGAAAGCUUAAACUGGUCCAGCAGAUUUUUGACUUGAGUUCUGAAAUUGAUGGAAGUGAUGUUGAGUCUGAAAAAGGAAAGAAGAUAGAUGCUGGAAUUGAGAGCAGUACAGAUGAGAUAAAGAUCCUCCAUGAUUCUAGUGUCAGCAAGGCUGCUGAAUUAGCAGCUGGUUUUGCAAAUGCUUUAGCUGGGCUACCUCCAAAUGAUAUAGUUCAGAGGACUGCUGGAAGACUGGAUUCUCUUCAUUCGGAAGGCGUUCAUAGACUAUCAGAAAUGUGCUGCUUUGCUGUAACCCAACUUCAGAUGCUUGGGAAGGCAAUUAUUUCUAAUGCAAACAAAGUAGAAGACACAGAUAUUGAUGAGGAAAUGGUGAGAAUCAACUGGCCUGAGGAUUUUGUUGAUAAAGCUAAAAUCAUACGGUUUAAGGCACAAUCUAUGACUGGAAAUGUGGAAGCUAUUUCAGACUGCUUUAUUACAGGCAUGUCAGAUGUGGCUGAGGUCUAUCUGGCGGCGAUAAAAGGAGCUGGUUCUGAUUCACCUGAACAGCCUGAACUUCACCCAAAGAAUUUAAUUCAGGAAAAGGCUAAUUUGUUUUCUGAGAACCUUCGCGCUAAUUAUAGCACAGCCUUGGGUAAAGUUCAGGAUGGGCUCCAGUACUUAUCCUAUCUCGUUCUCUCGACUUCAAUUCCUACCGCAUAAAGUACUCUUGGGGACACUCUUGGGAAAUAUGUUCUCUCCGUUGUCCUUGAAAAUUACUGUAAAUAGUUUCACAGGAUUUGGUUCAGCAAUUGUUAGAUUUGGUCCUCCCUCUGAAAGUUUAUGAUUUCUGAAUCAGAUGAUGUAUGUUUUACAUGUAAUUUUUUUUCUCUUCUCCAUGGAAGUCUAUGUUUCCGGCUUCCCGCUAUUUUUCUGAGGGAAGAAAUAGAUGUUGCAUGGAUUGAUGAAAUGAAGCCAUCACCUUUAGACAAUUGCUUUGUCUAAAUCAUUGCAUCAUCGGUGACC